UUGGUUACAAAUUUUCUGAACCUACUUUUCACCUCGACAUAAAGUAGAGUUGGCAACAACGCACAACUUUGUCACAAUCAGAUAAAACUUUUCCCCGCAACAAACAUAAUUCACACUUAUCUACGAUAACACAAAUGAUAUGAAAUCGCCUAUGUCUGUGUAUUACGAACCGUAAUCGCAUCCCAGAGCAGGUUAAAAAUGCUGUUGUUCCAUCUGUUCUUCUAUAUCCUCGUAACCUCAGCGGAAGAAACCUACGAAAAUUCAACUGACAUCUGCAAACGAUGCUCCUGCAACGACGCCCAAAUUUUCGAACUAGACUGUAGCAACCACAACAUAACUUUAAUGCUGGCAAAUUGGCCAACCCAGAAACCCAUCAAGGCUACCUUCACAGGAAACAACUUCACCAAGCUCGAAAAACUCCCCCCCACUGAGUCUUUCGUGGAAAUCGUCCUCUCAAAAUGCAACAUCCAGUCUCUGGAUUCUGCCGUUUUUGAUACCGCUACUAAGACGAAAUUGGUGGAUUUGAGCUACAACCUUCUGCUUUCCGAAGAAGUGACUUCUGAUAAGUUUCGGGGACCAAUCAAGGACAAUCGACCACAACCAAUAGGCAUCGAGGAUUUGAAUUUGGCCUAUAAUCAAAUCCACUCUUUGAACAAAGACGUGUUCGAGUUCUUGCCGAAUUUGACACGGUUGAAUUUGGAAGGGAACGACUUUAGAGUGUUGGAUGCUCAUACUCAGUUGGCUCUAGCGAACGUUCCAGAGCUCACGAGUCUCAAUUUGGCGAACAAUGAAUUGACGGAGUUGAUUCCUGACGCUAUCGAGAAGCUAACGAAAUUAGUGGUGUUGGACUUGUCGAAGAACGAUUUGGAUUUUGUUCCCUACAGUUUGGAGAAGGUGGGGACGAGUCUCGAAGUGCUGAUUGUGGACGACAACCCGAUUUUUGAAAUGGCAGAAAACACAUUUUCGAAACUGCCCAACAUCGUCGAAAUCUCCGCCAACAACCUCACCCAACUCACCCAUAUCAACGCGAGCACGUUUGCCUCAAACCUCAAACUAACCAAAUUGAGUCUGCGCAACAACGUCGCCCUCCAAGCCAUCGACCCGGCUGCCUUCUCACCUCAAUCAACCCUCAAAGAGCUCCACCUGGACAACACCAACCUCACCGGCCUGCCGCUUUCUCUCCUCAACUGGACAUCCCUCGACAGCCUCACUCUACAGGGUGCACCCCUCACGUGCAACUGCGACCUCUUCCGCAUCUCCGCCUCGCUGCCUCAUACCGCCAACAACAACGAAGACGGGCCGAUCUGUACCGACCCCCUCACCUCAAACCGCAACCACAUCCUUUUUUUCAGUAGCGACAUCUGUGAGGCAAAAAAACCUAUUAACAAAACAAAAGAAGAUCCUGAUAGUAUUUGCACAUCCUGUGGUUGUUGGACAAGCGAGGAUGACCUAGUUAUGAACAUAAACUGCGCCAACAAGAAUUUGGAACAUGUAGGGGGUUAUUGGGAAGUCAAAAAGGAAACGAAAUUUGUGAAGAUCAGUUUCGCCGGGAAUGAGAUGCCAACCUUGGAAGCUUUGCCUCAGACCGACGCCGUGGUCGAGAUUGUCUUGACUAGGUGCAACAUCAGGUAUCUCAGGCCGAGUUUGUUCGCUGACACUCCAAAUGUGAAGUUUGUGGAUUUGAGCUACAACGCUCUGCCAGCGAAAGAACUCUCCUCUGAAAACUUCAGAGGUCCCUUCAACAACACCUUCGCCUUGGAACACCUCGACCUCUCCUACAACCAAAUCCACACCCUAGUCAACAACCUGUUCGAGCACAUGCCCAACAUAAAAAUCCUCAACCUGGAAGGCAACGACUUCAAAGUUUUGGACAUCCAGACGCAACUGGCUCUAUCGUCGAUACGACGCUUACAAGACCUAAACCUGGCCAACAACGAACUCACUGAAAUGAUAGUCGGAGCUAUCGACGGACACGAGAACCUAACUCAUCUCGACUUGUCCAGGAACUUGUUGGAUUUCGUUCCACCUAGUUUGGCACACAUCGGGAAAAGUUUGGAAAUUUUGAACGUGGACGGAAAUCCAAUCAUCGAGUUCGUGUCGGAAACGUUUCGCGGUUUGUGGAACAUCACCGAACUGUCCGCGAACAACCUAACCAUGCUUAAGUACAUCAACGCGACCACUUUUGCAGCCAUGCCGAAACUGAAGAAGCUGAGUCUUUCGAAUAACACCCUUUUGGUAGAUAUUGACAGAGAAGCUUUUGGCGUCAACCAAACAUUGGAAGAGCUCUACUUGAACAACGAUGCACUCUACCACCUCGACUACAAACUUCUCCCAUGGUCACAACUCCACAUUUUUGAAUUCAAAGACAACCCUUUGAAAUGUUCGUGUGAUCUUUACAACAUCACCACCCAACUUGCUGCUGAUAUAAUGCGCGAGAAAGAUGGUCCACAUUGCGAAGAUCCAAGAACCGAAAACAUCAUUCCAGUGUUCAAGUUGGAAAGCGACAUCUGUUUGGAGAAUCUGCCACUGCCUUCACACAAAAAUCACCUGGAACAUCAUUUAUCCACAGUGAGGGUAGUCAUCAUAGUGAUGUGUGUCACUGCUUCGAUUGCUGCCAUUUUGGUUGCCAUCUUGGGUUUCGUGCGGUAUAAGAGGUACAGAAGAGAGACGAGUUAUCCGUACGCAUCUCAGAUUGCUUAUAAUCCUAUAUCUAGUACAUCAAGGUAUUAACAUGUAAACUAUUAAGUGUAUUCUAAACACAAUUUUAAAUUUAAUUAUUUAAUAAAGUCUCUACUAAGGUAA